AUGGCGGACCUACCACCUCCCGUUCAAGGUCCGACUGCGAAGGAGAAGAAGUAUGACCGUCAGCUUCGGUUAUGGGGAGCCACCGGCCAGCUCGCGCUCGAAAACUCGCAUGUUCUCCUCAUAAACUCUGGCCCGGGCGUAGUUGGCGUCGAAACCCUCAAGAACUUGGUGCUACCGGGCAUCGGUAACUUCACGAUUCAAGACUCGGCGGUCGUGUCGGAGGCAGACUUGGGCGUAAACUUCUUCCUUGAGGAGCAGCAUCUGGGCGGCUUCCGAGCGGAGCAUACCUGCAAUCUGCUGAAGGAGCUCAACCCAGAUGUGAAGGGCAACUUCAUCACAGAGCCGGUCGAAACAUGGCUCACGCAGCCCAACGUCCUUAAUCCGUACACGCUCGUCAUCGUAUCCGCACCAAUCCGAUCUGAGCUCCUCGCCAAACUCUCUGCACAUGCAGACGCAGCGAUAAUACCUCUCUUCUACAUCCAUUCAAUCGGAUUCUACUCGCACUUCGCCAUACAUCUUCCCCCCGCGUUCCCGAUAAUAGAUACCCACCCAGACCCCGAGAGCAUCACCGACUUGCGUCUACUGAGGCCGUGGCCAGAACUAUUACAGUAUGCGGCCGACAAGACAACCAACCUAGAAGCCAUGGACGGGGAGGAUCACGGUCACGUCCCGUACGUCGCUCUGCUGCUACACUACCUCGAGAAGUGGAAGGAGGAGCACGAUGGUCAAGUGCCGCAGAACUACAAGGACAAAACAACCUUCCGAGACAUCGUAUCGAAAGCAGCACGGACGAACAAUCCCGAAGGCGGUGAAGAGAACUUCGAUGAAGCGGUAGCGGCAGUACUCAAGUCACUAAAUCCUCCGGAGGCGAGCAGCGCGGUCAAAGAGAUCUUCAAGGCACCAGAGUGCGUGCUUGUGCGCCAGGAUUCGCCCAGCUUCUGGGUAAUAGCAAACGCCGUCGGUCUCUUCUACACCAAGUAUGGCGUUCUUCCAGUGCCAGGAGCGGUUCCAGAUAUGAAGGCGCGCUCCGCAGACUACAUACAACUACAGAACGUCUACAAGUCGAAGGCCCGAAAAGAUCUGGCCGAAGUGCUCGAGAGCGUGCGGUUUCUAGAGAGAAAUGCGAAUAGGAGUACAGCUAUUGAAGAGAAAGAUGUUGAGGCUUUCUGCAAGAACGCGGCGCACAUCAAGCUGGUGCGAGGGAGGCCAUUUCACGUCGUGCCGGCAGAAGGAUCAGUGCGGUGGGGAGACAGGGCAAAAUCGAUAGCUCAAACCCUUACUUUCCCUGACUCGCUAGUUCCGCUAUAUAUCGCCUUCCUGGCUUGGGACAAGUUCGUGGCGACGCACGAGAAGGACGCCCUAGGCGGCGCCCCCAAAGUACCCGGAGAGUCAGACACAGACCUCGAAGCAGACAACGAAAAAGUUACUUCUAUCGCGUUUAAGAUUGCCAACGACCUGGUCAAGGAAGCCGCUGCUUCGAUUGACGAAGACGAAUACGCUACCAUCAAGACCCAGAUAGGGGAGUUCGUUCAGGAACUUGUCCGAGCAGGCGGCGCUGAGCUUCACAAUAUCUCUGCUUUCACAGGCGGCAUCGUCUCGCAAGAGGUCAUCAAAGUCAUUACCGAGCAGUACAUCCCUGUGGAUAACACUUGCAUAUUCGACGGCAUUAGGAGUAAGAGCGCGGUUUUCAAGGUAUAG